AUGCGCCAUGUUGACGUGAUAUUUGCUGUGGACUCAUCAGCAAGUACGAAGAACAACUGGCCUAGUGGCAGGCCUCUGGUGGCAAUUCAUGAGCGCAGACUCAACUCAUCAGGAAUCGGAAAUGGAACUGCUUUUUCAAGCAUCCCAGAUACAAACACAUUCAUCAAUCUCGGCUUGAAUACACGUCCAACUUUCUUCGGUUGUGACAUUUCCAACCUCACCGACCCAGCUCCACUUGUGGUGUACGUUCCUAAUCACCCAUACACCAUGCUCUCAAACAAAUCCACCUUCCAAGUGGAAUACUCAAUUAUCGAAAGAGAUGCUGUGAUUGAAAAUGGAUACAAUGCCAUGACCAUGGGAAAUGGGACAGGAAAUGGCUAUUCCGACUGGUCUGCAUGCGCAGGCUGUGCGAUUCUCAGUCGGUCUUUUGAUCGAACUGAUACUCAGGUGCCUGAAGUUUGCAGAAAAUGCUUUGUGAAGUUUUGUUGGGAUGGAACUCGCAACAGCACCGAGCCAGGUUUUUAUGAGCCUGUGCUAAUUGUUGCAAAGAAUUUCGCGACGAAAGAAUCAGUCUCUUAUCUGGUAACUUUCCUGGUGCCGAUCUUCGUGCUGGUUUUCGUGUUGAGGUAA